ACACCCGAAGCCCAAACUGCCUUCAACGCCCUGAAAGAACCUUUCACAACCGCUCUCAUCCUUACCCAUUUCGACCCGGAGAAAGAAAUUACCGUGGAAACCGAUGCAUCUGACUAUGUCUCUGCGGGUGUACUCUCCCAAUACGAUGAUAAUGGUACCCUUAGACCCGUCGCAUACUUCUCAAAAAAGCACUCCCCCGCCGAAUGCAACUACGAGAUUUACGAUAAGGAAUUACUGGCGAUUAUUCGAUCCUUUGAGGAAUGGCGACCGGAACUUGAAGGGGCUGCACACCCAAUCGCCAUCAUAUCCAAUCAUCACAAUCUCGAAUACUUUAUGAGUACUAAACAACUUGACCAGAGACAAGCCCG